UCGCUUCCUCGCAAAAGUCGAUAGUCUGAGAUUUCCCGAAAACGAAGACAAACCGGAAGAGGUGCGACACCAGGGAGCUGAUCACCUACAGCAAAAUAAUUUUUUAGGUUUUUAACAACACGAAAAUAUGUUUUAAUUAUUUAGAUGGGAGAACGUACAAAUUAAAUAUGUUGUGUAUGUUGUAGACCCAGUAUUUUAAUUUCCGAGAGCACAAAAUAGCUGCAAUAUGUGGCUUUAAGGCAGCCGAGUAAUUUCCUACAUCGUCCGGGAACCCGAGCAGCUCAACUGCUACAGGACCAAACUAUUUUCCGCUCGCACUUUUUCUCACUGCGAUAUGGCGGCAUUUGACGGCAAAGACGCUGUAGACUUCGAUAGUAUUCCAGUCGCGGCUCUUAACGUGGACGUGAGGAAUCGACUGGGUCUCUACCUGAAUCCUCGUAACGUUGUCGCAGCGGACUGGACCGCUUUUGCCGAAGAGACGGACUUAAGCUAUCUAGAGAUUCGCAACUAUGAGAAGUAUGAAAACCCGACGAGGAAAAUCCUGGACGACUGGCCGUCGAGAUGCUCGGACGCUACCGUCGGGAGGCUACUGAAUAUUCUUGCCAAAGUUGAGAGACAGGACAUCGUCGAGGAUUUGCGCCCGAGUAUCGAAAAAGAUUGCAUGAAGUAUCUUACCAGGAGGCCACCGAGCGAAAAGCCAGUUCAAGUAUAUGAAGUUGAUAGCUGUUUUCCAAGGACGCCAGAGAAUAAUGGAAUUACAAUCCUUGAUGACCCACUGGGAAAUAUUCCAGAAACAUUUGAUGCAUUUAUCUGCUAUUGCCAAAAUGAUAUUGAAUUUGUCCAUGAAAUGAUCAGGCAGUUGGAACAAACCCAGUACAAGCUGAAACUUUGUGUGUUUGACCGUGAUGUCCUUCCAGGCACCUGCGUGUGGACCAUCUCCAGUGAACUUAUUGAAAACAGAUGCAAGAGAAUGGUAGUAGUAAUAUCAGAUGACUACUUAGAGAGUGAAGAAUGUGACUUUCAAACCAAAUUUGCACUGAGUCUCAGUCCUGGGGCACGCUCAAAACGACUCAUCCCCGUGAAGUACAAGACUAUGAAGAAAAAGUUUCCGAAUAUCCUGCGUUUCUUGACGCUGUGUGACUACACAAAUCCUUGUACCAAGUCGUGGUUCUGGGGCAGGCUAGCCAAAGCUCUGUCCCUUCCCUAAGGCCUCUGCUGAUUUUUCUUUUCUCUCCCUUCAAAUUGCAUUGAAAAAUAUAUGGUAAGAAAGGUAUUUAGCAUAUGUUUGUGGAGAGCAGGCAUAGAGAGUUCUCACGGUGAAAACAGCAUCAUGACUACUUGUGGACAUUUUUUUACGAAAAUGUUUUUAUCAUGAAAAUGAGUUUUGUAAAUACUGAAGCAUUUUUUUUUCCUAUGCUGCCAUUGCUUUUGUUAAAUUCUACACACAACGUGCCUUCAUACACAAAAAGGGGCAUCUGAAACAUUGUGUUUAGUGUUGCAUAAUUUUGGCAUAAGAGAAACAAAUGAAGUAUUUUCUUGAUUCAGCUGGUGUGUGCAUACCAUCCAGUGUACAUAAAGAAAUGUGACUGGGAAAUGACUUGACGACUGGUCUGACUUUGUGUAAGGAGGAACUGGACUGGUCAGCAAUCAGAUGUGUGCAACACUUCAAAUGUGUUACAAUGAUUAGACAAAGUCAGAAUGCCAAAGGGGGCAUUCAAUUGCUUAUGUCAACGUCUGUCUCCAAGACUCUCUUGGAAAAAUAUGUGCUUAUGACUCACAAUUUUUAUCAGAAAACAUCUAGCAGAAGAGCUGCACUCACUUGCAACAAGCACAGUGCAACAUUUUUGGCAUCUGCAAUUUGACUGUUACUCUACAAAAAAUACAAGGUUGGACCACAUCUGUCUGCCCAAGGAGGUGAUCUAUGGGAUGUUUAGUUGGAGAAUGUAAAUUUACAGACUUUUCUGAUUUAGGUGUUCAAACACAUGUAACAUAUGUCUGUAUCAGAUUUAGUAUCACAUAUUAAAGUAUAAAUGUUUGA